AUGAACGACGAGUGGUACCGCAGAAAUAAUAUACAGUUCGUGUCCCGAAACCAAAACGGUCCUGUCAUGGGUCACUACCUGAAAAUUGAUGGAACAUCUGUUGUUACGUAUGCCACAAGCAAAGAUCCAAAAAGUAAGUAUAUAUUCAAGUUUGGCCACUUGUUCAAAGCUUUAUUGUCGAAAGGAUCGAGAUAUAUGACCAAAAAAACAAAAAUUCAAUGUGAAUCAAAUGCAGCAGUCUUCGGAUGAGGCAAAUCUAACAAUGACCGUUACUAAGAAUAACGAUUCACUUUACAAUCUCUUCAGAAAUCUAUCAACAGGCAGGCCUGAUAUUCACACUUUUCGCCCUUCAUAGUUUUUAUUAAUGCAAUUUGCAAAUUAGCCCCUUUGAGGAAAGGUACCAAGAAUUGGCUUGCAACAAGCUUGGUCUUCAUGCCGUGCAUUCUUGAGUUUCCAGCUUUCUAUGAAACAGAAAAUCUACGUUCUGUAAAUUGUUUUUAUUGGAACAAUUCCAGUUCUUGGGAACCAAUCAGUAUUAACCAAUUGUCCAAACUUUGCAAUUUCAAACUCGUCCCCAGGAGCGGGUCUAGAGGCGCAGUGUGAACUUUCUCCCCUCCUGAGAUGAUCUGUCGCUUUCUUAUGUAGCUAGAAUUUUGCAAAACAUUUGUUUACGUCAGCCAUCAGUUACGUCAUUCCUGAUAGACCUCUUCUUAAGAAAUAUUCCGGAUCUGCCUCCGCUUAUCAAUCGUUUUUUUUUAGUUCCUCUCGAAUAUAAACCCUGUCAUAAGAUAUACCAAUUCAUACUCUGACCAAACAGAAGGCGCUGAUUUUGUAAAAAUGUGAGUGAUGUCAUGAAACGCUUUCCACUAGUCUUUCCUAAAACACGAAAAAAGCAGAGCAAAACAAAACAAAGCAAAUCCAAAUCGAUCAUUUACUGCCUUUUCGUUGAUGUUAAGUUGCGUUAUUUUUUACAGCUAAACUCAAGUUACAUAGUAUUCUGGAAACAGCUGAGCAAAUUGUUAUUUUGGAGAGUAGCACAGGUGGAACCGCAGUGGCUGUGAACAAGGGAGAUGACACCGUCUUUGUAAAGGUAUGACCACCCACGGGGAUGGAACUUUGAGGGAGGGGGUGGGGAAAGUUCAACCUAAUUACUGAGUAAAACAAGUCAAAAUAUGGAUUAAGGAAAAACAACAACAAAAAAGAUUUCAACCCAGGUGUAAAGAAAAAACCACCCAGCCAAAAAAAAAACAAACAAACAAACAAAGCAUUCAUGCAUCUCUUGGAGCCCUCAUUUCCCCAUCCUCCCCCCCCCUUCCACCCUUUCCUCCUUCCCCUCCGAUCACUCUUUUGGUAGUCCAUCCUCUGGGGAGAAUUGUUCAAGUUUCAUGAAUAUCCAAGCACCAAAUCCACUCGGUUUAGAACCUUCAAUUCCUGUUCAUAGCUACCCAAAUGAUUUAGUUUUUCUCAGUUUUCGACACAUUUGGAAAUGGUAGGACGCUGACACAUAACCGGCUUAAAGUCAUUUAUGGAUGCUGGAAAUUACUUACUGAAUACAAUUUGUGAAGUCAAAUGCUUCCAAGAGACUUUCUAGCUUAAUAACUCUGUCUGAUUUGAUAAUUAAUCGAGUGUUUUUUUCCCCACUAGACUCUGUCGACAUCUCUGCGCAGUCUUACAAACUUGGAUAAAGUGAAAAAACUUUAUCCUGAAAUUCUGUUUAAAAAAGUACCCAGAGAAGCUGGGAGUAGCCUCUUUUAUUUUAAGUCAUACCUUAGUGACAAGAGGAGGAUUUUGGGAUUUAACAACAAAGGUCUUCCGAUGAACACUGGACAGGUGACACCUAAUUCUUUGGAAAGCCUUUUCUCUGAAUUCUAA